AUCCCCAGCGCCGGUCCGAGCCCGAGCGUCAGUCGUCCGGAUCGCGGAGCCGUGUGCACCUACUGAGGCGUCCGCUCGCUGCCGGGAGUCGCACCGCUUCCCUGGCGAACGCGGAAGCCAGAAGAGCGCCGUCCGCGGGCCCUGUCGGCGCUCAGGCCUCCCCGCGCGCCUCCUCCCUCGGCCGGGACGUCGCUGUGGAGGCGUGAGGCGCCGGCGGCCGGGCGCCCGGAGCGGCGGUAGCCCGCGGCCUGCGGUUCUCUUCCUCCCCCGCCGCCCUCCCACCCGAGCUGCGGCGGGGCUCGGCCGCCUCGGCGCUUCUGCACGAACAAAGGAGGCCCCCGCGGCGCCGGCGCAGCUCCGCCUGCGCUGCGCCGCGCUCCGCUCCUCUCCGCUCCGCUCCGGCCCGCGGCGGCCGCUAGCCAGCCCUUCCCGGAGGCCUCAGCCCGGCCCUCCGCCCAGCGUCGCGCGCCAGCUCGCUAGUGCAUCCGGGCCCCGCAGGCAGAAAAAUAUGGCUCAGGAGACUAACCAGACCCCAGGGCCCAUGCUGUGUAGUACAGGAUGUGGCUUUUAUGGGAAUCCUAGGACAAAUGGAAUGUGUUCUGUUUGCUACAAAGAACAUCUUCAGAGACAGCAAAAUAGUGGCAGAAUGAGCCCAAUGGGGACAGCUAGUGGUUCCAACAGUCCUACCUCAGAUUCUGCAUCUGUACAGAGAGCAGAUGCUAGUUUAAACAACUGUGAAGGUGCUGCUGGCAGCACAUCUGAAAAAUCAAGAAAUGUGCCUGUGGCUGCCUUGCCUGUAACUCAACAAAUGACAGAAAUGAGCAUUUCAAGAGAGGACAAAAUAACUACCCCGAAAACAGAGGUGUCAGAGCCAGUUGUCACUCAGCCCAGUCCAUCAGUUUCUCAGCCCAGUUCUUCUCAAAGUGAAGAAAAAGCUCCUGAGUUGCCCAAACCAAAGAAGAACAGAUGUUUUAUGUGUAGAAAGAAAGUUGGCCUUACAGGGUUUGACUGCCGAUGUGGAAAUUUGUUUUGUGGACUUCACCGUUACUCUGACAAGCACAACUGUCCAUAUGACUACAAAGCAGAAGCUGCAGCAAAAAUCAGAAAAGAAAAUCCAGUUGUUGUGGCUGAAAAAAUCCAGAGAAUAUAAAAUUACAUGUGAAGAGACUAAAACUUUGUUUUUAUUUUAAUAUAUCGUAGGAAAACAUUAAAGAGCAGAUGCAUGGC